AUGUCACUUGUACCGAAAAAUGGCAAAGUAGCGGUAAUUGGUGCCGGCAUUUCCGGAUUAUCAUACAGCUACUUUCUUCUGAAAUUACGGCCUGACUUGCACAUAUCCAUCUUUGAAUCUGGAGCACAACCCGGAGGAUGGAUCAAGACUGAAGCUCUUUAUGACAACGGCCACAAAGUGUUACUUGAGAAGGGACCCAGGACACUUCGAGGGGUCAGUGAUGGUACCUUGCUCAUAGUUGAUAUGAUGAAACAAUUGGGUUUGCAAAACGAAGUCGAAGUUAUGAAAUCUUCUUCCUUAGCCAACCGGAAAUGGCUUCUUGAUCCUACGAACAAGCUUGUUCAAGUACCAAACUCCUUUCCUCUGUUCGUGAAAUUCAUUUCAAGUGGUAUUCCUCUGGGUUUAGCUCGCGGUAUUUUAGGUGAACCGUUCCGCAAGAAGACAACCUCUGAUAAAGAUGAAUCUGUCCGGUCGUUCAUCGAAAGACGCUUUGGCUCUCCAGCUCUAGCCGAUAAUGUUCUCAGCGCAAUAAUGCAUGGCAUUUAUAGCGGAGAUGUUUCAAGAUUGAGUGCCAAAGCAACACUACCAUCGUUAUUGGAGUACGAACGAGAAUAUGGGUCUAUAAUAAAGGCAAUCUGGCUGAAGAUGACUGGGAAAAAUAAAAAAGAAAAAGAGGGAAUAAAUGAAGCACUUUUGGAGUAUGAGAGGGACAUUUCUCCCGGAGCUGACCUCUCUAACUUGUCGAAAUCUCUAAAACAAUACCCUAUUUUGAGACUCCACAGUGGUUUGCAGGUUUUGCCUUUAGCAUUAGCAAACUACUUGAUACAACAGAAGAAUGUUGAUAUUUUCUACAACACUCAGAUAGAUAAGUUGAAGAUCGACAGCUGUGAAAUUGAUGUUCAAGGCUCUAGAACCGUUUUUGAUUAUGUGCGGUAUACGGCCGAUGCAAAGGGUUUUGGAAAAAUCACCGACGUCACCGAUGCAGAUGCAAAGACAGCAAUCGAGCUGUUCGAGUAUACAACAAUAUUCCUAGCCAAUGUAUACAGCAAAACUGUCAGGCUAGUACCACCAAAGCAUGAGGGCUUCGGGUUUCUCGUCCCAAAACGAAAUACCAAUCACCAAGCGCUCUUGGGCGUGAUAUACGACUCUGAUACAGAAAGGGAUGCCCAAAAGUUUUUUGGAGGGAAAAGUAUAGAGAACUUACCUUACCAUAAGAUUACGUUGAUGAUGGGAGGACAUUACUAUAAUUCCGGAAGAAUCCCUUCGAGUGGAAUUAAUGUGAAGAUUGUAAAAGAGAUACUUUGUGACAUUUUAGAAGUAGAUCUCGAAAAGCACAACGUCGUUGUGAGAAAUGAGGCUGAUCUUCACUCUAAGGACAUUGCACUUGGUGACAACGAUAUUCUAAUUUCUUAUAAUCUCCACGAAAACUGCAUCCCACAAUAUAACGUGGGAUUUUUAGACAGUGUUAACACAAUGUUGAAAUAUGUUCAACGAGUAUCUGGUGGAAAAGUUAGCAUCGGAGGCACAAGUCUCGGCAAAUUGGGGGUGCCUGACUGUGUGAUGAACAGUUUAGAUGAUGCUAUGCUUCUUAGAUUAGAUUAA